GCCCCGCCCCCGGCGCCAUGGCAACCGCUCGCUCAUCUCGGCGGGAAACUCCCGGCCCCGCCCCGCGCGGUGAGCGGAAGCGCAGUGAGGGGCGGCGGGGCCGGGGGAGACCGCGCGGGUCUGCGGGCACGGGGCGGUGGGGGGCGGUGGGGGGCGCGUAGUGCUGGGCGAGCCCUCCCCGUGUCCGGACGUGAGGCGCUGAGCGAAGCUGGAUGAGCAUCCCGGGGCUGGCCGCGUGACGAUGGGUGAGCCGACCCCGCAGCGCAGCCCCGUGGCCUCCACGGAGCGCGAGGUGCUGCUGGACGUGCAGCGGGCGCUGUCGGAGGAGCAGUUCCAGACCUUCAAGUACCUCCUGGAGGAGCGGCUGCCUCUGUCGCGGCUGCAGGCGGCCACGCGGCCCGAGCUCUGCACGAUGCUGCUGCAGCACUUCCCGGGCCGGGCGCUGCACGUGGCCGCCGCGGUCCUGCGCCGCCUGGCCCGCAACGACCUCAUCCUGCGGUACCGCCUGCCCGGCGAGGACGCGGCCGCCGCUGGCCCGGGAGAGGUUGCCGUCGGUGGCCCUCGGGUUGCCAGGGGUGGCUCUCAGGAGGCGGGUGGCCCUCGGGAUGCGGUCGGUGGCCCUCCGGACGCCGCCACGGACCCGCCGGGAUGCGGCGGCGGCCGGCUGCUGUCGGAGCGCGACCUGCUGCGGGUGGCGCAGCUGCUGGGCCACGAGUGGCAGGAGGUGGGCGUGCUGUGCCUGGGGCUGCAGCGCUGCCGCCUGGAGCAGAUCCGCGAGAACAACCCGCACCGCACGGCGCUGUGCAGCUUCGAGAUGCUGCGUGAGUGGCGGCGGAGGGAGGGGGCUGCGGCCACGGCCCCCCGCCUGCGCGACUGCCUGAGCCCGGCGCAGCUCGACCCCGAGGUGUUCGCUCUGCUGCAGCAGCUGUAGGGCGGGGGAAGCGGGGGUGGGAUUGGGAUGGCUGUGGGAAUAGGAAUGGGAUGGGGGUGGGAUUGGGAUGAGACCGGGAUGGGAUGGGGGUAGCGGUGGGAAUAGGAACGGGCUGGGAUUGAGGUGGGGUGGGGGUAGGAAUGUGCCGGUGGGACAGCCUGGCUUUUUUGAGUCAUUUUAUGCAGAAAACAGCAACAGCGCAGUAAAUUUGUAUUUGUUACGCCCGUUGGGGUGUUUCUGGA